AAGUCACUUUUUAUCUUUUUUUUUUUUUUUUGUAAAACGCCCAAACGUCAUGAAAAUACUGACUCUAAAACUCUUCGACUGGCAAUGACAGCACCUCUUCUUACUUUAUAAUUUUCUUUGAACUGUUUGGACAGUCAUUUUUCUCCCCCUUCCUUUUUGAAGAGAAAUUCCUGACAUGACUUGACUUUGUGAAGCAGAUGGGGAACAUGUCCUACACUGGUAUGUGGGUUGAUUUUCUACCAAGCGACACAAAGCCUGACUUCUCCACAUUUUGUCCCAGGCCUGACUGGCUUCAGGCUCCCCCCGUAGAAAGAAACACAGCUAAACAUGGGGGAGGACGGGGUCCCAACCACUAAAUGCCAUCCCUAAACUUUUCUCAGGACUUUGAGAGGUCAUUAAUUUAGCCAGCCUUUUCUAAGUCUCUGACACUGGCCAUCAAUCAAAGGUGUUAUUAGUAUUCGCUCGACCCCAAACUCUGAGUAUGUCCCUGCUCAGACAGGGACCACACACUAAAAGGAAGAGAUUAAGCUUGUGUGUGUCACAUCACGCUGCACUUAGCACCCCGAUCCCUCGGGGUUGGUUACUGCUGAAUAAUUAAAUUCUCAGGGACAGAGGGCGUGGAGGUAAUGUUUAACAGAACAACAAGCACUGUGCACUGAACAACAGGCAAUUAAAAGGCACAGUGUACUACUAAUUAUUUUUCUACAAUUAAAAUUUCCCAAAGGUCCAAAGAUAAUACGUUUUUAAAAUUCAAUCAAUAGUUUGACCUCUGUGAUUAACACUGCUCCAUUAUAAGAAUUAAAAAAAAUAACUCCAUAGUAAUUAACAUCAGUAUCUUGAGAGUAAAAACAAGACGAAAACAUCGCGGUCGUGCUCUCAGUUUAUAUAUUUCUUCCGAGCUGGUCUGGCACAGCCCGUCCCCUCUCACCCUCUCAGCCUUUAUGCAACAAUAGAAACUUGUUUCCGGGGUCCGUGCGUCAGGCUCUGUGAUGUGAAUGACCCACCAGCACAAAAGCCAAAGCUCCUUUACUGAAAAAAAAAGGGGGGGGGGGGAUAUGGCUGCCAUGACUGUGAUGAUGUCACACUGCCAAAAACUGUGCCACUAGCAAAGAGAGGGAGGCAGAAUCCCUUCAGGCAGGCGUUAAAACUCAAAACCACUUCACUGCGUUCUCAGGAUGUUGUGAUACGUCUGCAGAGAAACCUUCAUGUUCCUUCACUAGAAACAGUGAAAUGUGUUCAGCCCAGUGAACUGAAGAACAGAAUACUAUCAUGGUCAGAUGUAUUAACAGAAAUAUAAACAUAUAUAUUUUUUUAUAAUCAUUAAAGAUCAUAUAUUUGAGUUUUCUGGAUGUUUUUGCAUCACAGACCUAUUUGGGGCCUCAGAUAGAUCAGCACUAUCGGUUUCACUGUCCCUUUCCUACCGCAGGAAUUAACAUAACAAAGAAUUAUUUAAUGGCCUCACUUCCUCGCUGCUCUAAACCUUUUUUUUUUUUUUUGUUAAUUCCCCUGAAACUCUUAAAUGUGCCAGUGCCUGGCCUCAGCUUGCACUUCUGUAAGAGGAGUGUCCUCCUUUAAGUUAUUCAGCAACAGCAUCAAAUGUAAAAUGAGAAAGUGGAAGAUGAGACUUCUUCAUUCCCUGGUUAACAAACAGAAAAUAUGCAGAGUGUAACAUCAAGUGUCACUGUUUCAUAUUUAAACUACGUCUACUAGUCCAUUCAGUAAAAAAAAAAAAUCACUUGAAAUUCGAUUGAAAUUCCACUUUAAAAGGGAUAAGUGCUGGCGACAACAAUCUGGCUCUGGGACACAUCCUUCAUUGUGUUCACUGCUGUCCGAGAAACUUCCUGUAACUACGUUAUUGUUUACCUCAGAAGUUUCAUACCCUGAUUUUCUUAAGGUCAACAUUUCUUCUAGCACACUGAGCCUGAACUGCACUUUAUUCCCCUUUAAUUUAACAGCUCCGGCAGCUUUUCUAGUUAAAUCGACUGUUCAUUAUUGAGACCCAUUUUACGAAGGGGCUGUGAGGUGCAAUUUAAUGAAUCUCUGGCACAAAGCUCCCUUUCACUGCCGGGCGAAGAAUAGAGGCUAUUUAGACCCUGUAGGGCUUUAUGUCAAAGGCAGCCCAUAAUAGUUGUCAGGCCAGGGCAGAAAUUCCCACUGGCCUGGGAAUGCGCUAGAAAUCAACUUUUGCCAUGAGCAGAUUAAGACACAAGCAAGCAGUUGGGAAGAUCCUCCUAAAUAGUGGCAUCUGUUUGGGCACAGAGAUUUUCCCACAGAAAAGCCUUUCUCUCUACUGUACAGCCAGGAUUUGAUCGCUGGGUUUGUUUCAGUGGCUUAAAGAACAGUAAUUAGAUCAACAGUUGACUUCUAUUUGGUGAAACAUUAAACGAAACACAUAAACAGGCAAAGUGGUUGAACAAGUGGGUCCCCUGUUUGAACAAUAAAACAAUAAGUAAGGCUUUUGUGGGAUUGUUAACUUAAGGAUUUAAAUAUUCAGUUUUUAAGAAACAUUUGUGAUGAAACUGUUUCUCCUGUUUGAACUUUAAUAGAAAGAUUUUUAAAUCAAAUCCUGCCCGGCAUAAGUGCUCUCCCCAUGAGGAUUUUAAAGGCUUUCAGCUCACUGUUACAGUAUCACCCUCCAGUUUCAUGAAAGCUUUUUUUGGUUCAGGGCACACACAAACAGUUAAACUGAGGGGGAGAGUUCUGACGGAGGUUAUUGUCUUCAACUCAGCGGGGAAUUUCAGACAAAUCCCUCUUAGAUGCAGGUGGUCGGGCACAAGCAAAGAGUUAAUCCUGCGGUCCCCUUGCCCCUCCUCUUUGAUGUUCUGACAUCAUUAGUCCGGCCCCCUGAAAGAUCUCUGCCUUCCUCAGAGCCCGUCACUUCAACUCGGGAAUGUUUACAGGAACUUCAUGAGCAGCAUCAGGACCGAGUGUUUAUCAGAGAUAAAAAGAAAUGCUUUGAGGAAACUUUUGGUGCAGGGAUCACAGCGGAUGCCACAGGUGUAGCCGCUGGGCUCAACAGAGUAAUGGCUGUUCAGACUGCAAUCAUGAACCCUCAGUUCAUGAAUUUCUGCUUCCCUGGUUCUGUGAUGGAGUACGACGUGGAGAAAAGUCUGGACGGGAGUCUCCUCGGAGAGGCAGAAAAUGACGAGUACUACAAAGAAACCACCCGGGACCUGCUCAGCUUCAUAGACUCAGCCUCGAGCAACAUCAAGCUGGCUCUGGACAAGCCAGUGAAAUCCAAGAGGAAAGUCAACCACCGGAAGUAUCUCCAGAAGCAGAUCAAAAGGUGCACUGGCAUUAUAACACCAGGAAACGUAGCAGAGGCCCCAGUUAAAAGACAGGGUUCCCCCUUGGCUCAGCCCAGCCCUUUGCAGAGCAAAACUCUGCCUAAACGGGACGGAGUGCAGGCCAACUUACAGAGCAAGAGCUUGGCAGCUCUCUUCAGCCCUGUGAAGGAUGUAAGGGGGGAGAAAGCCAAGAAACCACCCUUGAGGCAUCGCAAUCUGCCCCCCUCUUUCUUCACAGAGCCUGCCAACUGCUCCAAAGUCAGCUCCACAUCUGGGAUGACACUGAAGGAUUUGGAACGAGGAAAUCCUGAGGCUGCAGAGUUCUUCGAGCUCCUGGGGCCUGAUUACAGCAACAUGGUCAGUGACCAGGACCUUUAUCAAAGCAUGCCCCUGCGGCUGCAGCCAGAGAUGGGAGGCCCGGAUCCCGCUUCGUACGAUGCUCACCAUUUGGUUGGUGGUCUCCUGUACUCUGAGCCCUGGACUAGCUGCUCAGGACCUUCUAAGAAAGCAGGGGGCAGCCUGCGCACAGGCCCGGCCCAGCCUCCUGUGUACUGUCCCUCUGAGGCUGCAGGAGCCUUAGAGGAUAACACACUGUGCACUUUGGCUUUCCCCAACUUCUUCACAGACUGCUCUAUACCUCAGGUCUCUUAUGAUUUAAGUGGUGGAUAUAACAGGGCUAAUUAUUCAUCUCUAUGAGAAGCUAUUAAAGGUGCUGGAGGAGAAAGUCACUGUGACAAGUUUAACACUAGAGUCUAAGAGUUUGGUAUUCCUGUAGCAUAUCUAUUUUCUGUUAAAGAAAUAUUGCAACUGGACUGAAACAUUUUCUAACACCCCAACAACAGUACGUCACUUUCCCUGUAGAGGAACUGGGAACAUCAAAUGUUUUUAUUCAAAAGAAAUGUCCAAAGCUUUUUAAGUAGCUGCAUGCUGUGUACUUUUAACAUCCCAGUUUCAUUUACAACACUGAUCUGUUUAAUGUUCGAUUGUUUAACACGUGGAUAAGAUUGUCUUUAUCUCAGGCAGCUUCAUGAGUCAUCUUAAAUGAAAAUGCAACUGAUGUUUGUCGAGCUUCAGCCUCGUAACUAGAGUGUGUGAGUCUGCUCAUUAGGAUGUGUUCAUUCAUUUGUCAAUGAACAUUUGUUAACAUUUCAUUCCAUCGUUUUUACUUCUAUACAACAUGGAAGCACUCGAGUUGCAGAAAUAGUUGUUUGGAAUACGACCACUACACAUCACCUAUUGCUAGACAUGAUUUUAGCGAGUGAUUUGUCACAUCUAUUCGACAAAAUAUGCUGCAACAAUCUCUCAGCGAGGCACUUUUUGUUCCUGUUAGAACCAGCUCAGUGUAGAGACGUAGAGGGGAAAACUCAUUCUGCUGAAAUGAUGAUUGUAAUAAUGUGUGACGCCAUGUUUUUUUCUUUUCCACAACAUUUUACAGCUCAGAAAAGGACUUUUAGCCGUCACAUUUACCACUUGUAUCCAUUUAAUUGAAGAGCAUAUCUAUUGUAAGAAGACAAAAUAAAGCUGGCCUUUAUUACGGUGAAAACGGUGUGUGUUUUGUUUUUCAUUGAUGAGUUAUUGUUCCUGAGGUGUGAUGUAUCCUUCUUUUGACAUGUUUGUCAAAACCAUAUCUUCACAGCACAGGAGUCAGACAUCUGAGUGACAGAAGAAGUCUAAAAGUAUUUCAUCAGUGU